GGUUACAGAUCCUUGGCCUUUCGGUGAGGAGAUGCCCAGUGCCGGCCUGUUCUCCAGGAUUAGUCUCAAAUUCUUCGCGACUUCUUCCUGCAAGUUGCCUGACCAUCCUGCAGCCACAGAACAUCUGCCGUAGUUCACUUUUGCACACAACAGCCAGCAAUGCCAGUUACAGAAACACAAUCUUCGAAGACAAGGCUCGGAAUAAAAUGGGCAAUGUCAACGUUAUGCCCCCCAAUUUUCUGAAGCACAAUGAGGUGGUCUACCCUCCGACCAAACCUGGAGAGCCAGAAAGACCUGCUGAGGUUUGUCAUUCCAGGUUCCAGAUCAAGUACAGUAUGAAGAAGCUUUGGUUUGUUGCAGUCAUGGUUCGGGGGAUGUCUAUAGAUGAGGCAAUCAAACAGCUCUCCUUCUACAAAAGAAAGGGGGCUGCUCAUGUAAAAGAGGUGUUGGAAGAGGCCCAGGAAAUGGCUGUGAGGGACCACAAUGUUGAAUUCAAAUCAAAUCUCUGGAUAGCCGACUCCUUUGUGACAAAAGGCAUCGUUGUGAAAGGAGUCCGAAAGCAUGCCCGUGGCCGAAAGGGCAUCAUCCACUACCGCUACACAAACUACUAUGUGAGACUGAGGGAGGGCAAGCCCCCUGAACACUACUACGCACCGGAGAAGACUGGCAAUGAGUUGAUGGCUGACUACAUCAGAAAACACCGACAGAAGGAGAUCUUUUUUGGGUUGUAG